GAAGCGGUGGUGCCCAUGCCGGAAGCGCGGCGGCCAGCGGUGAUGGCAGCGGGCUGGCCCCGGAGCGGCUGCCUGGCGGGGCCCUCCGCUUCCCGGCGCGGCGGCGCGGGCUGAGGGGAGCGGGGCCGCCCGCUGCCGCCCUCCCGCUCCCUCCUUCUCCGCGGGACUAAGGUGCAGAGCAUGGAGAAUGAUGAACUUCCGCCAGAGGAUGGGAUGGAUUGGUGUGGGGUUGUACUUGUUAGCAAGUGCUGCAGCUUUUUAUUAUGUCUUUGAAAUCAAUGAGACUUACAACAAACUAGCACUGGAGCACAUUCAGCAACACCCCAAGGAACCACAGGAAGGAACCACAUGGACUCACUCCUUAAAAGUACGACUGCUAUCCUUGCCUUUUUGGCUGUGGACUAUAAUAUUUUUAAUACCAUAUUUACAGAUGUUCUUGUUCAUCUAUUCCUGUACAAGAGCUGACCCCAAAACUGUUGGGUAUUGCAUCAUUCCUAUCUGCUUGGCUGUUAUUUGCAAUCGUCAUCAAACAUUUGUGAAGGCCUCUAAUCAGAUCAGUAGAUUACAACUGAUUGACACUUAGCGCAAUUUCUAGUUUCUGUAGCUGGUUUGACGGAAUUGCAUAUGCCUGAUCUAAUCACAAGACUGAAGUUCUGAGUGAAGGCUGGAAAGAGCCUUUUCUUUCAAACUGUUAAGCAAUGAAGAGAGUGACUGUUUUCUAUUUAAAAAAAAGUAACUACAAAGGUUUUUAAAUAUGGGUCUAUCAGAAUGGCCAGGGUGGGAGAGACCUUGAUGGAAGUAUUCCUCAUUUUGCCUUAAUGAUGCAAAAUUGCAACACUCCAUCUGAAACGUCCUGUGGGGAAAUAAGUUUCUGGUCCAUGACUUUACUCCUCUGUGCAAAAAAGUGAUUUCUUAGGUUUUCUGUUGGAGUAAAAUCAAUGCAAAGAUACUUCUUUUGUGGUAAAUGUGAAAGGAAAAAAAUCAGAAUAUGAUUAUAAAAGCUGCACUUAACAUGAUUCUUUGCUUUUUUUUUUUAAGUAAUUAAUAUCUACAUCAGUGCUGUUUUUUAAUGAUUUUUCUAAAAAAUAAGUUUAGAUAUAAAUACAGGAAGCAAAGAAUAAAGUUUGUGAGUAUCUUUAAAGGGAAAAAGGAACUUUUUUUCCCUGUGGUAGCAUACUUUUUCAGUGACCACAACAGUACUAUGUUGUAGUAGGUAGGCAGUGAGGGGUGGCAUACACCUGGAGGCUGGUACUUCAAACUCUUCAUACAACCUCAAAACCAGCUUAUGCUGGUGCUGGCCCGUGGUCUGCACAAAACUUCAUUUGUGUUUCCAUCUCCUAUGUAUAGAAAUCUCCUUUGAUAAAAUUAGAAGUGAUUGGAGUUUACUGCCUUUCACUCCAGACACAAUGCAAAACUAUGUUCUGGAAGCACUGAUGUAUUAGGAAAAACUGAAUUUGGGAAAGUUAACUGAUAUUAGGUUGGGAGAUGCUAGAAACAGCUUGUGAGACAGAUAACCAUGUUUCUUCCAGAAAUUUGAGGGAUACCAUCUUCUCUAUGAUUCAUUCAUACAAUGAAUGCAAAUUUCUUCAGUCAUACUGAAAUUCCACUGAGGUUUCUUACCAUAGUUUCAACCUCUAGUUUUCAGGGCUGCUUUGUCAUACAAUUAUAUCUAACUACUGGAUUGUCUAUUUUGGAUAAUAUUGAACCUGUUGAUUCCUCGUUUCCUUUUUUAUUUCUUCUUACAAUAACAAAAUUUUUGAGCCAGCCAUGAUGGAAGUAACCUUCUGAACAUGAAAACAGUGCAAAAUACGCUCUUCAAAAGCAGCAGGCCUAAACCCAUUAUGAACAGAACUCCUUAAUUGUCAUUUCAAUUGUAUGUGAUUGUCAGUACCUGAUCAUCCCAAAUACUAAUCCAUUUCUGACUACUUUAAGGGAAUCCUGGAGAACGUGGGCUUUCUCUUGCUUUGGAAAAAGAACACUAUUUUCAGUGUUGCUACGUUUCAUCAUGGCAGUUACAGUACCUUAAACUUUCUGUUUGCAUUUGGACAUAUUUUGAGACACUGGUUUGAAAUGCCAGCAUGGGUGCUAGGACCUGAAAACAUGAUGUAGCCUUUAGGAGAGGGUUUUAAGUUCUAAGUGCAAUAUGAAAAGGAGGAAGCUGCCACUUUUUGUGCUGGAGAAAGAAUAAAGCUUAAACUCGGAUUUGUAGUAUCUUUGGGAGUCAGAGCUUUUAAGUUGUGUUGUUUCCUGACUUUAAAAAUCACCAUCCUAUUUAUCUAUAAAAUAAAAAAUUUUCAAUGUUUAUAAACAACUCUGUUAAUGCAGAUAUAUAUUAAUGGCUUCUUUUGCAUACAUUUGCUGCUAGAUAGCAGUGCUGGCAGUCAGCUGCUGUAGCUUAUUCUCCUGCCCUUUCCUCAUUUGUAUGUUUGGUUGAUCUUUUUUGUUGUCCUUUUAUGCUUUCCGCCCUCAUUAAUUGGCUGUAGCCUGAAGUUUUGGGGCUGGCUGGAUAAGACUGAAUCCCAUCAUUUCUCUACCUUUGUGUAAUAGGGAGAUAAAAACAGUCCAGUUAGAGGUAAGUUAAUGCUGUAGGUUUUAAACUGAACAUUUUAAACUGAACAUUUAUGUUGUGUCUAGAUGGAGUUAUUUAAAGAACAGCAUAAGAGGAAGCAUCAAAAAUAGAAAAGGGUAGAGAGAACUGCCUAAGUUUCUGUUGUGCAAGCACGUGUCCUUUAGCAAACUCACCAGCAUGCCUGAGGCGAUGAGCCAAGCUGUCUGGUAUGGAGCACGUGCUGGGCACGGCAGUGACUUACGGAAUGGAGGUUUGUGUUUGUUCAUUUUUCCAUCAAAAGCCUGCGUUUGGAUUCAAGCCAGCUUUACAACUAACUACAGAAAGACACAGAAUCUAAUUGAAGCGAAUGCUAGGUCUGUAAGGGAUUGAGCUUGAAGUGGAAAGCAGCAGUGGAGAGAAUUAGUAUGAACUCUUAAUAUAGUGCAUAGGAAUAGUAGACAACAGGAGUAAGAGAAGACGAAAGACUAUCAAAAUUAAUGAUUAAAUUGUCUUUUGCUGUACUCUUUUAAAAGAGGCAGUGAAAUGACUUUAAACUUGGUUAUCCUGACAAUUUUUAGAUAGUGUCAAGGCUAAGUAGUUCUCAGUCACAGAAGAUAUCUAACUGCUUGUAAGACAAACUGACAUAAUCUACAAGCUUUUGGGAUAAAGAAGUUUUACAACCUCUUUAAAGACUCCAUAUUUCUCAAUUAGUACUUGAUUGUAAAUGACAGAUAAUAGCACAGAUCUGUUUCUACAUCAAUGGCAUUAAUAAUAAGAUGCAGGACUAGCUUAUACUAGAAAUUGCUUUUACAGAUCUGCUUAGUUCUUUUCCCUGAGUGGACAGAAAAGAUGAAUUGCUACAACUUCCACAUAGCAGGGGGAAGGUAUUUUUUACUUACACUCUUUUAGCUUAAAAUUAAAUAGCUCAGACCUGACCUUGAGCAGCUUUCUAAAGCAGAAGUAUGAAGUCCUCAGAAGAUUGCUAACCUCUACCAGCUUAGCAAUCAUUCAGAGCUUUUAAUUUUCUGACAAGAAAGUGAUUAGCUGUAAUACAAGUUUGAUGAACAUCAGAAAGCAUUGAUGGUUGCUUUCUUUUUUGUGUUUGUGUCACAAGGUAAAGCUUUGUCAGGCUGCUUGGGCAUUGCUUUUGGGCGGCCUUGAGCAUUCCUUUCAGUAGCUGCUUGACCUUCAGCCACAGUCCCUUCCUGUCUCAUGAAAGUCUGCCACGUUUACGAAUACUGUGAGCCUGUUCUUCCCUCCGCGCUGUGGGAGGGCAGGUCCGAUGAAGAGUGUAACAUAAGGCUGCAGCCCUUCAAACUUGGACAGCGGUAAGUUGCAAUAAAAUGUGUUUCUUGUAAAACACAUUUCUUCCAGCAGUGAACUAGAACUGUAUGCCUGAUUUCUUUAAUUAAAAACAGGAUUGACUUAUCCUUGGAACAAAACUUUCCAGUUUAUGCAAGAUGCCUACUAACUCCCUUUAUUUUGCCUUGCCUGGUCCACUGCUUUCCUAAAAGGAUGCUCUCUAGUUUCUUAUUCUAGUAGUUUUUAAAAAGUGCUGAUUUUCAUGUACCAGUCUUGGAUGCUAACCUCUCUUCUACCCAUGACUUAAUGCAUGAAAGCAGUUUAAUAACUUGAUCGGGAGUUAAUUUGUAAGAAAUGACUCAGCGCUCCUUAAAGCUUUACGGUACAGGUUUCCUCUGGAAAGGGAAAACAGGCCACAGCCACAAGAAGGUACUUUAGUUCAAGUCUCAGUCCUCAAAGUCCAGGAGUAGCCCAGUAAAUUUUGGUUAGUGAAUGCGCCCCAAACCAGUGCUCAGUUGUUUAUCUUGCUGGGUAUUGAGUGCCAAGAUACAUUAUCAUGUUCUAUCUGCCAGAUUACUGCGUUUUUAGAGAGACUGAUUUCUGUAGGAACUUGUGUAUAAAUUAACUUGUAAACUAGAAUGAGUGGGAAUUGGGGACUGCCAUGGGUGAAUUGCAUUCAAAGCCUUUUCGUUAAAAUGAUGAGAGCAAAUCUCUUUCCUAGGAACUAGGAAAGGUCUUGCACUUCCAGACAAUGCCCUGAUUAUUGGGCAUAAUGAGGCUGCCCACUUUCCCUCACAUAACCAUCCAAGUGCCUAAUAAAUAUGUAUUUUUUUUAAAGUGCUGAACACUGCAACCUGUUAAGUUCCUUGUGAAUUUAGCCUCAAAGUUGCUUGAACCAGCGAAUUCAGUAUUUCAAAGCAGUUAACAAUAGCGUAUGUAAUAUAAUCCCAGUCUAUGUGAAGAUUUGCUGUGAUGUUUUUGCCGUUCUGUUUUGCAACUAGUAAAAGUAGUUGGUUCUCACCUAGAUACUACCAGGAAUUUAAUUUAGUAUUACUUCAGGUCUUUUAAUUCAAUAGAAACAUACUAGCAUCUCCCCCCUUAUUGGUCAGGAAACCCAUCUAGCCCCUCUGGCUAGUAAAACUAAGACAAGACAUCCAAAGCAUACUAAACAACACAGAGGUGGUGAAGUGGGUUUGUUCUGUGCCACCCUGAAGUUUUGUUAAGGUAGAAAACUACUAGGUAAGUUAAGGUAGAAAAGCACUCCCAAGAUAAACUAUGCCAUCUUUCUUCCAUCAGGGUUUAUCUACUCUACGUAAAAUGCAGGGGCUGCAGUCGACUUAUGGGAUGUGUAAAGGUCAUCCUCUGGGCAGCUUUGCGAAAGUCACUGCAGACUUCUGCUUUAUUCUCUGCACACAUGAACCUGAAGUUUUCUGUCUUCAGAAGAUUCUGGAGUCUCUCCCGUAGCCACAGAAAAACCUGUGUUACUGACUUGUUUGACUUGGUUGCUUGGAAAAAGUGUGCUCUAACCCAUGAGCAACACCAGCUGCUUCACUGGUGCUCUCUGCGCUUUUUCCCUGUUGUUUUGCUAGAAGGAUAGUACAGGGAGUGAGAACUGCACUCCUUCCUGAGGAGAAAGGGGCUCCCAGAAGGGGUUCAGAACACAGCUGUAGGGUAGGUCCUAAAACAGAUAUGGAGGGGUGAAGGAAAAAGAAACCAUCCCAUGAAAGCUUUCUGUGCCUAGUCACCCUGGGGCAACUUGCAGAAAAAUGAAGUUCUCUGAGUUAGAGCACUUCUAAACUGUAGGUUUGCCUGUGACAAAAUUAUGUAAGGCCUUAAGAAUCUGCAGUACCCUUUUCAACAAUAAGGACUGGAAAUGGUUCUUUAAAGGCAAAAAACUUGAGUGUUGUUCUUGAUGCAGUGCCCAAUGAUCUCUUCUUGGAGCUCAGGUGCAGCGUGUUACUAUGUCCAGGCUGACAGAAAAGAACCUCCUUACGGCAGUAUUACCUGUGUUGACUCCCACAACAGUAAAGUUGGGGUUUGUUGCUGUAAACCAGAGGUUCUCAGCCCAUGACAUGCCAGUGGACUAUUUACACCAAGUUUAUAUGCAAAGGCCACA